AUGGAAGACGUGUAUACAAUAAAAGUGAAAACGAAACCAGAUCCAAGGAACUUGUAUCCAUCGGAACGUCGGUAUUCUGCGUCGACCGUGUCUGGCUUUGCUUGGGUUCACAUUGUUCUGGCGAUAACAUUACUAAUAUUAACAAGCUUAACAUUAAUCAUACCAAACGAAAAUUCAGAAUUUACUAACACAUCUAACUUCAAGAAUUCCACAAACAACGAUAAUUCAUAUCUGUUAGUGAUGGCGCCAAGUUUAGUGUCAAUAUUCGCGUUGACAGCUGGUUUGACUGCAAUUUUGUCUUCUGUGAAGUGGUACAUUGAUAAAAAUAUAGCAUUGUUUUUCAUAGCGUCUGUUGUUGCGUUUUUGUCGUGUUUAUUAGCCAUUUGUUUGAUUAUAACUUGGGGAUUAACUAAUAAUGGCGAGAGAGAAGUCUUUGUGUUAAAACACACCGAUAUACUCAAUAAAAAUGAAACCCACUUGGUAAUUAAUCGAAAUGUUACCGAGGAACAAACUAAAUUGUUUACAAAUAAUGUUUUGUUAGUGAAUAUUUUGAUUGCUACGAUAUUAGAGCUGAUCUUGUCGAUUUUAAGUAUAAAAAUCUCAUAUAAAGGUAUGAAAAACACGUAUAAUGUUGAGGAUAAACGCGGAGAUUGUGUCGAAGUCGUGACAAAGAUAAAAGGAACUCAGGGAGGAAAAUUUCACCCUAAACUUAAUAGGAUUUUUCUUGCCCAUAAUAAAAAUGGUUUUUAUUUGAAGAAUGAAAAAGCGAAAACUCCAGAGACAAGUUCCGAGUUGUAUAAAGAACGAAUGAUGGAUUUUUUGAAUGAGUCCUUUGAAGGGUCAUCAAACCCGGAACAAUCCAGCGAGCAAUCAGAAACAGCCGUAAAACCCGGGACCCCCAAUAAACGAAUAACACCACUAAGUUGGGGAGAUUCACCAGAUCAUAGUGUGUAUAACCAAAAUACAGUGAAUUUUGAAAGAGUUUUCAAGUUUCACAAUGAUAAGACUGAUAAUAAGGAGUGA